AUUUAGUUAACAUUAAAAUGUUUGAGGAUACCAAGUCAUAUAUUCCCUCUGAAAUGGGGAGCAUGAAGAUCAGAGAUAUUCCAGAGCACCAUAAAGGGUUCAAGAACCAAUGGGGAGCUUUGUUAGACCAGCAGGCAGAAAUCCAACGCUUGGCUGACGAACAAGAGAAACAUAAUCAACUAGCCAAAAAUAAUAAGUAUAAAGACGAACUUAAAGCCCAACUUGCUUUGAAGGACAGUGAGCGUAGACUAGAGAAACAAGUCAGGCAGAACCCUAAUGAGCAAAAAUUGUUAUCAGAUGACUACAAAAGGUUCGAACAGAAGGAAUUUGACCGCAUGAACAUGGGCAGGUCAAAGAGCAAACAAGUCAUGCUUGAGAACCAACACAUUAUUAAGAUGAGACAGAACGAAUAUAUUAACACUAAGGAAAUGGAUAGGGAUAUGUUCAAUCGUCAAGCUAUGGAAGACAAUCUUCAUGCCGAAAAAGCCAACCAGGAGAAGAAGAAAUGGCAUGAUUGGCAAAAAGAAUCCCUCAAGAACAAUUAUGAACAACAAAUGCAGAGGAAGGACUACCUCACUAGAAUGGAGAAGGAGAAAGAUAGGGUGUAUGCUGAUCAAUACAAACAUUCAGUAGAAGCUUAUGAGAAAAACCACAAUGAUACCUUGAAUAACUUGAGAAGAAGAAAUAAUGAAAUCAUGGACCACCAAAUAGCAACUGUUAUUCCAAACGUUAACGACAAGAGGAAGGAUGAUGCAGUUAACAAGAUGAAGAAACAGUUUGAGAGUACUGAAAAGGAGACCCUCAUGAAAGAGUUAAAGAGGCUAAACCACAGAAAUAAAGAGGCCCAAGAAACCUCAAAAAUGCUCAAACUACAAAUGGACAUGAGAAAGAAGAAGUAUGAGUCUGAUGUUAAUGAAGAGAAGCACUAUAAGAAUUAUGUUGACAACACAAUUAACAUGCUAGGCGAGAGAGAUAGAAAAAUGGCACAAGAGAAGGAACAAAUCAGGCAAACAUAUGCUAAGGAGUUAGAAUCUCAGAUAAAAGAACAUAAUGACAAAGAGAAGAGGAUUUAUAACGAAAUGGACGAACGAAGCCUAAAACUUAACCAAAGAGGCCUAGCAGCUUAUGAGACCGGAGAAAGAGCAACUGGACUAUUCAAGCUUCCUGGGAUUGACAGGGAAUCAAAAGAUAAUAGAGAGUACUUUGGGCGUUAUGCGAAGAGAAAAGAGGGGUCAAGAUUUGGAGGAUCUCUUGCUAAUAGUCAUACUGGACCCUUAAGUGAAAGGAUGAAUAGAGAUUUACCUAAGACAUCAGAAGAGUACCUUUCAAGAAGAAGAUCAUCAAGAGGAGCCUUUUCACCAAAGAGCCAUACUUCCAAUAUUUUAGGUCAGCCGAUCAACAACAAUAGUAAUAAGAAUAUACCAUCAUUGGGAAAUUACAAGUCUGUGGCAAACCUUCAGACUCCACAUAAAGUCCUUCCAACUGCUGACUCCCAGAGAGGACUCAAUGAUAUGAAUGUGUUAACAAGGAAGAGUACAACAAUGUUAUCAGCAAGGAAAGAAGAAGUGCCUGAAUACCAGCCUACUGAAAGAGAUCAUACCGCUAGGAGAAGUAAUCCAGUGAACGAGUCAAAUCUUGUCAAAGCUACUGCUGAGAAGCCAGAAAUAAAGAAGGAAAUUAUAAAGAAGCCAGCUACUCAAGCUAAGCCAAAAAUGGAGCAGGGUAAAUUCUCUGUUAAAAAAGAUCUGCACUCUCUUGCUGAUAUUGACACUCAGUUGAACCAAAGAGUCUUGGGAUCUAUGCGAGGAGGAACCUUCAAACUCAAUAGUAAUAAUUAAGGACUAACAGCUGGGAGCCAUGGCAGCUAUGCCUAGUCAUAGUUAUUUCAAUUUUGGAUAAUUAUU